CAAACGUCAAAUUCGUACACAGCUCGUCAAUAUGUCAAAUCAUUAUUACAUUUAAUUUUUCAUAACAAAUUCGUAGAUUGAAGAAUUCGACACGCACUUGUGAGAGUAUAAUGAGUUAUUAAAGUUAAAUGAGUGAAAAUUAAAAGUAAGAAAACAUGUCGAAUCCGUUUGCUGCACUUUUCGGUGAAAACAGUAGAAGUAGUACAGAUUCUACUAGAGCAAACGUAAUAUGUGAUACAAUAGAAACUGUGUUUGGAUUUACGUUGAAUAGAUCUAGGGCGAUUGAAAGGAACCUUUUGUACAUGAGUGAUUUGUCUGUUUCAUUUAAUACCGAAGUGAUUACACUUGAAAUAUUAGAGCAUGCACUGUUUGAAAGGCUACUUAUAGACGAUUUUGAACAGUACCUGAUUGGAAAUGAAAAGGAUAAAUACGAAACGAAGGUUUUUAUUUAUCUGUUUAGAUGUUAUAACAAUAAUCUGGAUGUCAAGGAUAGUUCAGUACAAGAAGUAAUAAAAAUGUUAAUCCUUCGUAAUGUUCUAACAUCUUUAAAACAACCGGAACUGUACCAUGUACAAAACGUUUUUGCUCAAUUAUAUGAUAUUAUGAGAAAUGCUGAACCAAAUUCCGAAGUAUUCUUUCAAGAUGUUUAUCAAGCUGCUUUAAAAGAUGAAGAUGGCUUUGAGGGAAUGAAAGAGGCUUACAUAGCCUUUUUAAAACGCAUCCAUGUUGAUAUUGCCAAAUCCACAUUAAUGUCCUUUAACUUUAGUGUUUUUAACAUAUUGAUGUUGUACACAAAUCAUGAACACUUGGCACUAACUCUUUUAGAAUACUCUAAGCCAAGAAUAGAAAAAACCGGGGCUGAGUAUGCAAAUACUCUUUUAGGUGCAUUAUUUUGUGUAUCAAUACUGCCAAAAACUGGUCAUUCCGAAUUUGAAUAUUUUCAAAACCCUUUAGACCAGCCAAGCACUACUGCCCAGGAAGGAGCUCUUCAAUCUAAUAUGGCAACAAUCACCCAACACAUCCAUUCCUUUUUUUUAAAUCUUCUAAAACGUAGUCCAAAUGUAAAAUCAGGCACUCUCCAAUGGCUUGGUGAUUGUUUGAAAUCGAAUGCAGAUCGUGGUAAAAUUUGGGCCAGCCAAGCAGCUGAUUUCCCAAAUCCCACUGCUUUUAAUAAUGUUAGUGAUGGAUAUAUGUUAAACAUGUUAAUGGUGAUUAUAAGGCUUUGCCAACCAUUUUGUUCCCCUGGUAAUGAGGCAAAAAUAUUAAAAGUAGACCCCACUUAUUGUGCAGUAGAGGAGGAACAUUGCGCAACCAAAGGGGUACAUCUAACAAAUUUAUCCAAAGAAACUUGUUUAGUUCCAAUUGAAACCGAAAACUCACAAGAAGUUCAACAUCGAUUGACCGCUUCCAGUUAUAAUUUUGUUACCGAAUGUUUCUUCUUGGGACAUAAAGCUUUUGAUUUAGGUUUUAGGGUGGUAGUUGAUAAAUUAGUUAAAUUAAAUCAGGAAAUGGUUCGAAUAGAACGCUUGUAUAAUGAAGCUGUUAACCAAAGUCAUGGUACAAAUGAAACUAUGGAUGUUAUUAAGGAACGAAUGAAAACUGAAAUGCAAAAAUUCUUUUCCAUAAAAACCACAUUAUCCGAACCUACGUUAGUAGAUAUGUUAUUUUAUUUUACAUCAGCGACAUCAAUGUGGUUUAAUCAAGUAGCAGUUAACAACAACUUUGAAGAGCACUACGCCCCAUUAAAAGAGGUUCAAUUAAAAUUUCCUCUACCAGAACCGAUUCCAGAUACAUUAAAGUGCAUUCCAGAAUUUGUAGUAGAAAAUGUGGUUUGUUUCUUAGUAUUUUUACGCAGAUUCAAUCCGAAAAUAUUUGAAAUCCAAGGUUACGGUCGGAUGAAACCGAUUUUAACGUUUAUUUUAAUAUACAUGAGUUCUCCGGAACGUAUGAAAAAUCCUCACAUGAGGGCUCGUUUGGCGGAAGCUUUAGAAGCUUUGUUACCGUUUCAUAAAGAUGAGCCGGUCGGUUUGAAUACUUUAGGUGGAUUUCAACGGGAGUUACUUUUCAAAACGCACGAACAUCGACAACAAAUUGUUGGUAGUUUAUUGGAGGUUUUUGUUGGGAUUGAAAUGACAGGGCAAAGUGUGCAAUUUGAACAGAAAUUUAAUUAUCGACGUCCAAUGUAUUUAGUUAUGGAUUAUUUAUGGGAACUACCUGAGCAUCAAUCAUAUUUUAGGCAAUUAGCUGAAUAUGCUGAAAAGAAUAUGGAUGCUGUAACCCCACCUUUGUUUUUAAGAUUUGUCAAUUUGCUCAUGAACGACGCUGUAUUUUUGUUGGAUGAAGCAUUGGCUAAUAUGGCCAAAUUAAAAGAGUUACAAGCUGCAAGGGAAACUGGCGAAUGGAAUAGUUUAUCAGCAAUGGAGCGUAGUCAAAAUAUGGGUUACCUUCAUCAUAUAGGAAUGAUAGCUCGUUUUGAUAACAUUUUAGGAAAAGACACAAUUCGCACAUUAGUUAAUUUAACAUCGAAAAUAACGAUUGUUUUUACACAUUCCACAAUGGUCGAUCGUAUUGCAGCUAUGUUAAAUUAUUUCCUAUUAAAAUUAGUUGGGCCAAAUCAAAAAAAUUUUAAAGUUAGAGAUAAUAAAGAAUAUAGUUUUGAACCAGCUGCAACAGUUUUGGAUAUAUGCAAAAUUUAUGUCCACUUGAAAGAAAGUGAAGCGUUUUGUCUGGCGGUAUCCCAAGAUGGGCGUUCCUACAGUCCGCAAUUAUUUAAACAAACUGAAGACGUAUUGGUAAGAAUAGGUGGCGGAGUUUUAGUGGGCGAACUUCAAGAUGUCGCGGCAAAAGUUGCGAAGAAAUCUGCGGAAUAUCAAGCUAAUGAAGACUUGGUAGCUGAGGCACCUGAACAUUUCUUAGAUCCAAUUAUGUCUACUCUUAUGACUGAUCCUGUAAUACUUCCAAGUUCAAAACAAAUUGUUGAUAGGACCACUAUUGCUAGACAUCUUUUGAGCGAUCAAACCGAUCCUUUCAAUCGAUCGCCAUUGACUCUUGACCAAGUUAUUCCCAAUAAAGAAUUGCAACAGGAAAUAACACAAUGGGUUAAUGAAAGAAAAGCUGGCACAAGUAGUUAAUUUUUUAUAGGUAGAUGUUUAUACAUUGUUAUAUCGUUUUUAUUUUAAUAAACUUCUUAGGAACGUGAAAUUUAAAAACAU